UGAGGAUGUCAUUCCCGUAGUUAUUUUUGAAGACGAAGGUUGAAUGUGAAAAAGCAAAGAAGCGUUAGCGAACUGAACAGUGUAAAAUAAAUUAAGAGGAACCCUCGAUUUGUGCUUUUCAAUUUUCUGCCCCUUCUCUUGCGUUGCGUUGAUUUGAUUAAUACUAUCAACUAAGCCCUUUUCUGUUUGCAAUCUGGAGCUAUGAGUUCGUCUUCGGCAGAUGUUUUUCCAGCAAUUCAGGAAGUUAUGCUGGAGUUCCGUGCUGGCAAAAUGUUUCUUGAGGAAAAAAGGGUUGUUCCCGAUACACGGAAAGGACUUGUUCGAAUUGCUAGGGGUGAGGAGGGAUUAGUACAUUUUCAGUGGCUUGAUCGCACACAAAAUGUUGUUGAAGAUGAUCAGAUAAUAUUUCCCAAUGAGGCUAUUUUUGAGAAGGUUAAUCAAACAUCUGGAAGGGUUUACAUACUGAAGUUUAAUAGCGAUGACAGGAAGUUCUUCUUCUGGAUGCAGGAAUCAAAUGCUGAUGGUGAUUCACAACUGUGUAGCUCAGUGAAUGAUUACAUUAAUAGACCAUUAGAGUUGCUUGGUGAAGAGGAGCCUGAUGGAUCCCUUCCACUUCAAAUUUCUGAAGAUAUGACAGAGGAUGACAUCUCGUCCAGAGCUGCAAACUUAGGUAUCCCAAACUUGGGUGUGGAAGCAACUAGUGAUGUAACAUCUUCUGGUCCGGUUAAAUUGGAAGAUCUCCAAAGAAUAUUGAGUAACAUUGGACCUGCAGAUAGUAUUGUUGAUCCUGAUGGAGGCUUGGGACUCGGAGAUAUAUUGAAGCCUGAUCUAAUAAUGCCAUUGAUGGACAUGUUACCUUUGGAGCAGCGUUUAGCUCCCUACUUACCUGAGGGUAAAUGGUCUCCAGAAGAGAUAUUGGAGUUGUUGCAGAGCCCACCUUUCCGUCAGCAAGUAGAUUCGUUUACUUAUGUACUUCGAACGGGACAGAUAGACUUGUCUCAAUUUGGAAUUGAUCCAAGUAAAUACAAGUUCACAGUUUUGUCUUUUCUUGAGGCUCUUGAGGAUUCUGUUUCCAAGUCGGUUGAGUCUGAAGAGGCUAGGCAAGAUGAUCAGGAUUUGAGAUCUCAAUCUUGUAACCGUCAUGACCCAAUGGAUGAAUCUCAGUAGCGUGGUUCGUUCAGCAUUGUUCUUUUUUCUAUAGAUACAAGAAACAUCUCAUGUUUUUAUUUUUAUUUUUAUUUUAUCCGACACAUUUUCUGCUUGAAAAAGGAAAUUUAAAAUGCAGUGAGAAAAAAGUACAAAUAUUAUUUGAGAUCUUUUAAGGUUAUACGUUGAAUUAUUGAUCAAUAAAGGCCAAGCCAUUUGUUUCCCUUUCCUUCAAAA